GGCGCGGGCGGCGACGGCUAGCAGUCACCGCCUCCUACAAGUGCCGGAGCCCGGCAGGCAGCGCGGAGGCUGCGGUGGCAGUGGCCGCGGAGCUGGCCCUGCGGGGCCCCGGGGGGGGAGGGGGAGCCGUCAAGCCCCCGCUGAGGCCGCCGCUGCCGGGCCUCCCCUCCCCCCCGGGCUGGCGCCAUGCGGGGGGGCCCGGGCGAUGCCGAGCGGCGUCAGCGCUGGGGUCGCCUCUUCGAAGAGCUGGACAGUAACAAGGAUGGUCGCGUGGACAUUCGCGAGUUGCGCCAGGGACUGGCCCGGCUGGGCGGGGGCGAUCCGGACCGCGGCGCCCAACAGGGCAUCCACCCUGAGGGUGACAGUGACCCAGACGGCGGCCUUGACCUGGAGGAGUUUAUCCUCUACCUGCAGGAGCGGGAACAGCGCCUUUUACUUCUGUUCCAUAGUCUGGACCGGAAUCAGGAUGGUCAGAUUGAUGUCUCUGAGAUCCAGCAGAGUUUCCGAGCCCUGGGCAUUUCCAUCUCGCUGGAACAGGCAGAGAAAAUCCUGCACAGCAUGGACCGUGAUGGCACCAUGACCAUUGACUGGCAGGAGUGGCGUGACCACUUCCUGUUGCAUUCGCUGGAGAACGUGGAAGAUGUGCUGUAUUUUUGGAAGCAUUCCACGGUCCUGGAUAUUGGCGAGUGCCUGACUGUCCCGGAUGAGUUCUCGGAGCAGGAGAAGCUGACUGGCAUGUGGUGGAAGCAGCUGGUGGCGGGCGCGGCGGCGGGUGCCGUGUCCCGGACAGGCACAGCCCCUCUGGACCGCCUUAAGGUCUUCAUGCAGGUCCACGCCUCCAAGACCAACCGGCUGAACAUCCUGGGGGGCCUCCGGAGCAUGAUCCAAGAGGGGGGCGUGCGCUCCCUGUGGCGUGGCAACGGGAUUAAUGUGCUCAAGAUUGCACCUGAGUCAGCGAUCAAGUUCAUGGCCUAUGAGCAGAUCAAGCGGGCCAUCCGGGGGCAACAGGAGACACUGCACGUGCAGGAGCGCUUUGUGGCUGGCUCCCUGGCUGGUGCCACAGCCCAAACCAUCAUCUACCCCAUGGAGGUGCUGAAGACACGGCUGACCCUUCGCCGGACGGGCCAGUACAAGGGGCUGCUGGACUGUGCGUGGCAGAUCCUGGAGAGAGAAGGUCCCCGUGCCUUCUACCGUGGCUACCUGCCCAACGUUCUGGGCAUCAUCCCCUACGCAGGCAUCGACCUGGCCGUCUAUGAGACCCUGAAGAACCAGUGGCUCCAGCAGUAUAGCCACGACUCAGCUGACCCGGGCAUCCUCGUCCUCCUGGCCUGUGGCACCAUCUCCAGCACGUGCGGCCAGAUAGCCAGCUACCCACUGGCCCUGGUCCGGACCCGCAUGCAGGCCCAAGAUUGGGGUGAAAAGUUCAGCAGCCAAGUCCAAGGCCAGGAGAAGCCCCAACUUGGAGUGCCUCCAUUGAGGGAGCCCCCCAGCUCUCCAUGCUGGGUCUCCUCCGUCACAUCCUAUCCCAGGAGGGCGUGCGGGGCCUCUACCGGGGCAUUGCCCCCAACUUCAUGAAGGUUAUCCCUGCUGUGAGCAUCUCCUAUGUGGUCUACGAGAACAUGAAGCAGGCCCUGGGGGUCACGUCCAGGUGAGGGACCCAGAACCCACCUCCCCUCCCCCAGAUCCCUCACCUCAAUCAUGAUGUCCCCCCACACCUGGGCCACUGGAGACGGAAGAGACAGCCAGUGGAUCCCAGAUCCUCCCCCCACCCUACCAUUCAAACCACAGGAUCCCCAUACUUCAUCCACUGGGUCCUGCAUCCCCACACUUCAGCCACUGGAUCCCACGUUUUCCUGUCCCUUCACCCCCGUACUGAGUGCUGGACCUCCAUGUCUUAACCACUGGAUCCCCCACAAGCCAGCUAAUGGAUCCUGACACCCCAACCACAGCAGCACCUACCCAGUAUCUAACCGCCCCCCCACCAGCUGCCUCAGGCACCGGAUCCAGUGUCCUCAGGCAGUGCUGGAUCCUAGAUCCCCAGCCCUAAACGGGCGGAUCCUAGAUCUUCUGCUUCAAGUCCUGGAUCUCCAAGCUCAACCACUGGACUCUGGAUCUCAAGAAACCUCAGCCACGGUAUCCUGACAAUGCGAGGCCUAGAUCCUGGGACCCCAUCCACUGGAUCCUGAAUCCCCUCCCUCCAACCACUGGAUUCCUGAAUCCCUUUACCUCAACACAGGGUCCCAGAUCCUGCUGCUUCAACUCCCCGAUCCCCACAUUUCAAGCAUCAUUCCCUCAACACCCCCAACCACAGACCCCAGAUUCCCAAGCCCUGACCUGCCAGAUCCUCACUCCUCAAACCACAGUCUCGUGAGCCCAAUGGCAGAGGAGCGGUUCCAGAUGACUACAGCUGUAGGACCCCAGGUCCCUGCACCACAGGCCUUGGAUGUUAAGACUUCACCCAUCAGAGGCAGACCCUGCCACCUCUAGGCCCUGGAUGCCAACCCUUAACCCCUGAUCUCCGACCUGAACCCUCCCAGGCACUGGAGCUUGAAAGCUCAGAGCCCCCAGCUAGCUCCCACUAGGCCAGUCAGCACCCUGGAUCCCACACGCCCCUGUUCCAGACACAUACCGGAGACCUUCCCCCAUGGCACAAACCCUACAGUCUCUGGAGCCUGCAGGAAGCCCAGGUCCCAGCCUCCCAGCUUGAAAACCCACAGGAUAUGCCCACUGUCCUGACACACCUGAUGCUGGCAGGGGGAGGAGACAUCCCUCCCAGGCCCUACACAGACGCCGGACCCCCAACUCCCCAGCGUGGACGUGCCCCUAGGCCUGGGGCAGAAGUGGGGUGGGGGGAAUGGCAUGCUCAAGUGCUCCUCCAGCACUCUGCUGGUCUCACACCCUCUUCCCACCUAUAGGCUGAUCACAAUCCCUAGAGCAUGGCUGCCUCUCUCUUAGGGCUGGCAAGCAGGCAGUCUGAAGCUGGGAACACAUUAAGGGGACCCCACACGCACACACACCCCAGCACUGCCAGCCCCUCCCCAGGCUUCAGAGUUGGAAGCCAGGAGCAACAAACCAAGGAUGCAAAACAAAGCCCCACCCCCCUAAGCCCCCAAAUUCACUCCAGGUCUAUUUUUCUACCAGAGAGGAGUUGACAACCCAUCCCCCCACUUACCCCAGCCCCCCACCCUGUACCUUCUGCACUUUAUAUUUGGAUACUGAGCUUAGUAUCAUUGGGGAACCCCCUCUCCAUUCCUUCCAAGUCCUUGGGGAACCCCAUUCAAGGACUGUGAAAGAGGAACUGGGAUGUUUGGGGGGUGGGAGGACCCCCUCCCCCAAUGCUUCCACCUCCUCCACCCACACUACGCCCCACCUCCCUGCCUGUGCCCUGCCUGUGCGUGUUAUUUCAAAGGAAAAGAACAAAGGAAUACAUUUUCUAAGCUCU